AGGAUGCUUCUGUGCGGGGCGCGUCGCCCCCCUCAGGCCACCAGAGCCCGGAUACCUCAGAAAUUCGGCUCUGGGUCUGUGGGGAGCGAAAUGCAACCCAAACCCCGUUUUCCCCGAAGCCCCGCGCAGAUAAACACGCACAAGCACGCACACAGACGUCGCCGCGGCCCGCACUCGCAGCCGCGGGGUCCCGGCGUCAGGGAAGGAAAGAGCCCGGGGCCCGGAGGGGUCUCCGGCUUCUCCUGGCAGCCCCGGGCGCGGCCGCUCGCAGGGGCGACGGAAGCUCCCGGCGUCACCGGCCCGGAGCAACGGCGCAACGGCCGGUCUGGGCCCGCAGCCUCGGCGGCCUGGGCGGGGCGGGAGCGGCCGCCGGACACAGCUGGACGCUGCGUGCUGCAACGACAACCUCGAGCUGCAGCUCCGCGGUCACCCUUCCUCAUUGCAGGCCGAAUCGAUCUCAAUCGGAAAAAUGGGAAAAAGGGGGACGAUAAAGAAGCGGGCGCUCGCUGUGGGCCUCGGCAUGCUCUCAACAGCUUCUUCAUAAAACACCAAACUACAAAGGUCAGAAUGUUUGCGGAGCUAGAGCUUCCUUAUGACCUCAUCAGCUGAGAACUAGCGGGAACUGAGGAGCUUCCAUGUGAGGAAGACAAGGAGAAACUGUUACUAAGGUAAAAUCUUCAUCCCCAAGACUCCUUCAGGAAGCCUUCAGAUCGCUUUGGCUGCCAGCAGGUGGCUUCAUUUACCCCUAGUUGACAAACUCUGGGAAUCGCAUGGCUGAGCAGUAUGUAUUAGCUUCCUGCGAGCUUAUGAGAAAUACCACCUCCAGCAUGUGGGUCAUGGUAACAGCUGCCUGGGCUACUUUGCGGAAACUUGAACUUUUGCUAAGACGGAUUCUUCACUAGAGUCCACAGUACCAGAUGGAGAAACAUGAUAAAAGGCUUGGCACGGGAUUUCCCACAGCGUCUGUCCGUUUUGCCGUCUUAACUUCCGGGUCAGCUCUAAGUAAAUGUUCAUCAUUUGAAAAAAAUGUUUUGUCCAAGACUAGUAUAACUUGACCUGUUACCAGUGUAGCUGGUGUUUGUUCUACCCCACCCUCGUGCUUUCGAGACAGCUUACACACCUACAGCCCCUAAAAACUAUGACACUAGACUGUUUCACGAGGAAAGCAGCACUUUCUGAGCAAAGCUGACUACUCAUUAGCCCACCAAAUAAAAGGAUUUUGUGUGUGUGUGUCUUCUCCAACCGUGUUAGAGCUAAUGAACAAUGACCAAACAAUAGCCCAUCCAAGAGGAAUCAAAGUCUGCUGUUUCGUCUUGUUAAGUGAACAGCCCAAUCAGUAUUAGCUUCCCUCUAUUCUUAGGCGGAAGAGCCAGUAAAUGGAGCCUGGAGGCACAGGUUUAGAAUCUGAAUUACUCUGUAUUAUAUAUAUUUUAUUAUCUAAUACUCAAAGAACUUCUGAAAACCAGCCGCUCAUUCUAAAGUCUACUCUGCUAAGUUCCUACAACAUCAGAGCGUGUACACUGCCCAGAAAUCCCAAAAGCAAAUAGCACAGCUUGGUCUCAUUUCUGUUGUUCCUAAGCCAUAAAUCCUGCUAUCCAAUCUCAAUUUUAGUCUGUAGUUCCUUGACUUGAUUGCUUUGGUGUCUGUAUUGAGACAGAGCAUCAUGAUAGGUGCACACGUGAAACAAAACAGGACACACCAGCAGAUGGAAGGCAGGGUAGGGGUAGCAGAUGCAAGAUAACAGACUUCCUAAAGACAUGUUCUCAACAAGGUCCUAAGUUUCCACCGCCUUCUAAUAGCUCAUCAAAGAAUUACCCAUAGAUGCAUCAAAGCCCUCUAUAUGCAGGCCUCAGUGAUAAAUUGGCCCUUUGGAAGCCUGUCAAUUACUAAGCUAUAGGAGCCCACCCGAUGCACACCUGUAGGAGCCCCUGUUAUUAAGAACUGGAGACGCAGCUGGGUGUGGUGGAGUACUUUGAUCCCAGACUUGGAAGGCAGAGCCUGGGUGGUUCUCGGAUCUUGAGGACAGCUUAAUCUGUCUAGUGAGUUGUAGGACAGUAACGACUGCAUCAUGAGACCCCAUCCAAAACAAACAUGAACGAACAAAGCCCCAAACGUUACGAGUUCACCCAGGACCAUAUUCCAAAUGUCUCAUACACCAUUGUCGAGCAUGGACUUGACAGCCAUGGGGAAGCGCUGGACAGUUGUUAGCUGGGAAGCGGUAUCAUGGGUUUUAUAUCAUUCCUCUGCUGCAGGGUAGACUGGACUAAGGCUACUGAAAACACGAAAGUAAGAAGGUAUUGAGAGCUGGGAUGGGGAGGUGGUUGAAGAGGAGGCCGAGAAUGUAACUGGACCUGUUUCCCAGGACAAGCAGGGAUGCAGGAGAGAGAAGAAGCCGCUGGAGUGCCAGAGCAUGACUGUUUGUACGUGGGCCAGUGGAUGCAUGCUGACGUAAUUGAGACAAAAACAGAAAAACGCAGGAGAGUAUGAGGAUAAGUUUGGGUAUGUGUUGACUCUGAGGUCUUUGGGACACCCUGGGGAUUUACUGUUGGUACUUAGACACAAUGCUAAGCCCCAACAAGUUCCCUGUGGAUGUCUACGUGGAAGGGCAUGGCAAGACCAAGCUGAAGGCAUGAAGUGACGGGAAAGCUAGGACUAAGGAGACGGAUGCAAGGUUUGGACAACCUUAACUGAUCUACUUCACACCCGGCUGUAGCAGCCCGACUUUGGUAGUCAUUGAGCCUAAACUAAUAAUUGUUGAGUAUAAAUUAAAUUCUGUGCAUGCUCACCAAACCAAGAUAGUUUCGUCCACUAUUCAAACACCGAUGGCCCCUGACAAGUCCGCCUCGGAACCGACUACAAUGGAGAGAAGGCCACUUGUAUUGAGCAGAAACUACUUUUCCUGGGCUAGGGAUGAUUCUCGACGUGCUUGGCCGAUGAGAUAAUCAAGGUAUCAGAUUGUGCAACUGCAGACUAAGGCAUUUGUCUGAAAUGUUCUGAGCAUUUCAGGGAAACUAGGUAAGGCUGUAUUUGGUACAUUAGAUCGAAUGCAUCUUCAACUUAGACUACUUUCACCUUAAGCUCUGUGAACCCGAUCCUGAAUCGAAGUAUGCAAGUAUGUCUAAGUUAAGAUGACAGAAACCAAAAGCAGAAGUUCCAGGCAGAUAAGAUGUGUGGUGAUAUUUUGUGUCUUAACAAGUAAAGUCUGCCUGCAAAUCGGAGUGCAGAGCUAAGCCACUAGAGGCCAGGCAGUGGUGGCAUGCACCUUUAGCACCUUUAAUCUCAAGACUCGGGAGACCAGGCAGAUGGAUCUCUGUUCAAGGUCGCCAUGGGCUACAAAAGACUGAAUCUGCCCAAGAGAGAAGCAGAACUCACACAAAGGUGGUCCCAGCACUUGGGAUCCCACGCCUUUAAUCCCAGCACUAGGGAGGUGGGGACAGAAGUGACGUGGCUGGACAGAGAGGAUAUAAGGUGGGAGGAGCUCAGAGCAGUCUGGACCAGCAGUCUGACCACAGGAUGGCCCCUUUGCUUUAAGCAUGGUAGAGGUAAGAACUCUAAUGUCUGGCCACUCCCCUCCGAUCCUUCAGUUUUCACCCCCUGACAGCUGACUCUGAGUUAUUAUUAUUAAGAACAAUUAGAAUUCGUGCUACAAGAUGGGUUAGUAGAUAAAGCCUGUGGCCAAGGCUGAUGGGCUGGAUUUGGUCCCUGGGACCCACGUGGUGAAAGGGGACCUCACAAUUGUCCUCUGACCAUCAUACAAGUAUAUGCACAUGCCCGGCACACAUACACAAACAAAAGGUAAUAAAAAAUCAGCAGUUCCUACCUUUGUAACAGGACCCCAGACUUAACACAACUGACACCAUGACGGAAGCACCAUCCACACCUUAGAAUCCAGCAUGUAAGUAGGCAGCAACACCUGCCAAAAUGAGAACAAAGACCUAAUCCAUCAAAGUCCAUAGUUCUGGGAAGUCCCUAAAUGUACUAACCCUGCCUUUUGGCUUCUGUAGUUCCACAUCUGACCAACUGAGCUGUGUCAACCCAGGGUGUGGUUUUUAUGCUUAAAACCCCAGUCUGAGAAAGGCUCAGGACCGCACUGGGUCCCAAACACCAGUGUGGUCACCAGUCGGCUAAUACAGGCUUUCUGUUGGCUUCAACCUUCGGUGUUAUUCUUUACAGUUGGGAAGGUAUUUGUUUAUUGGGACAUUGCAUAUAAAACAAAUUAUGUAGUUGAAGCAAUUUUCAAUGUCUGAUGCCCCUGCCUCCACUUCCAAGGUGCUGGGAUUUCAGGCUUGUACCAUUACUCUGCUUUGAAAGAAUGAAUGUUAGGUGAUAUCAGAUUAUUUUUAGUUAAUUUCAGUUUACUUGAUGGAAGUAAUUAUUUUGUUAAACAUUCCCUACUUUAUACAAAUGAAGUGGAAAGGGGGCUGGAGAGAUGGCUCAACGGUUAAGAGCAUUGCGUGCUCUUCCAAA